AUGAGAUUCUCAUGGGCUACGGGCCUUGUAUUCGUUUUAGCUGUGACGGAAACGACGGGUUCAAGGAACUGGUUUACCAAGGCUGAUAUCCCAUAUCCGACCCCAGCAGAUCGUAAGGAUCUUGAGGAACUCGUGAAAACUAAUUGGGAAUCGCACAUUCAGAUUCCUUUAUCACACACUGCGGAGCACGCGUCCGACACUCUGCAUAGUGCGAAAGAAUGGAUUUUUGACAGUUGGAGCGAUUCCCAACUGAAGGCCUUCCUAGAUAAGCAUGGGAUUCCUAGUCCUCAGCCGAAGAAGCGUGACACUCUCUUGGCUACCGUUCGAGAAAACUUCGAGACAGUUGCCAAAAAACUUGGACAGACCACAUUAUAUCCUGGGAACUGGCUUUACGAGCAAUGGUCGGAAUCAGACCUCAAGGGGUAUCUUGACAGUCAGGGAUACCACGUCCCCCAACCAUCAACUCGUGAUAAACUGAUUGCCACUGUGCGUCGUAAUGCACGUCUCGCCAGUCUAGAAGCUCAGCGAGUUGCCGUGGAGGCUUCUUCAUCGGCUAAGGCUGCGCAGCAAACACUAACGGAGGCGCUAUUUAAUUCCUGGUCGGACUCUGACUUCAAAAAGUUCUUCGACGAGCAUGGAAUCAAGGUUCCUCAAGGGUCAAAACGCAAUGAGCUUAUUGCCCUUGCACGCAAGCACCGCGCUUCCUUGAUCAGCAGCCCUGCAUCUUCUAUCUCUAGCGCAUAUGGUGCUGCCACUUCGAAAGCCGGAAAUGAAUUUGCUCGCGCGACAGAGGAUGCAGAGUUGAAGAUGGAAGACAUGUUCAAUUCAGCAAUCAAGCAAUGGUCUGACUCGCGCCUCAAGGCUUACUUGGAUGCACGGGGUGUGCCAGUUCCGCAAGGGACGAAACGAGAUGAACUUGUGGCCAAAGUGCGACUUCACAGACACAAAGCUAUGAAUGGAAGUUCGGUUUGGACAUUUGAUACCUGGAACAAGGAAAAUUUAGGAAAAUAUCUCUCUUCCCAACACCAAAAAAUGAUGAAAGAUGUUGGUUAUACACGCGAGGAACUCGUGAGAAAGGCACAGUCCGCAUUCGCACAAGCCUCAAAAACCAGUGGGGCGGAUUUUGCAAAGGUCACUCAAUACCUAGCAAAGCAGGCAGCGAAUGUCAAAGACGCCGCGUUCAAUACCUGGUCCCGGCACGAUUUGGAAAAGUAUCUCGAGUCAUAUGGAGUCAAGGAACAUAAAUCCUGGAAUAUGAACAGAUUGCGCGCUGAGGCUACGCGGAAUGCUGACUAUUUCCGCUAUGGAAUCCUCAAGCAGGAGCCGCAGCCAACACUCUUCUCCCGGUUGCAGAAUGGUCUGCAGUGGGCAUUUGAUCAAUUGAAAAUCGGCGCGUUGAGUGGAAGAAAGGAAGGGGAAAAGACUGCCGACACUUUCAAGAAGAAGAUUUCUCACACUGCUAGACGGGUGGCCGACGAGCUCUAA